UUUUUGUUGAAAAAAAAAAUGUCCAAACACAUAUUUGAUUGGUUAUCCAUACCCGCGUCCAAACAUAGCGUAAGGCAAGUUAUAGGUAGGGUUGGGGAUUCUGUCCGAAUAGAAGAGAAAAAAUGGCUUCUUUUGCAUCCAUCAGGCAGACUAUCUAUGACAGAGAAGCCAGAAAGCAGCAAUACCAAGCUCACAUUCAAGGUCUCAAUGCGUAUGAUCGGCACAAGAAAUUCGUUAGUGAUUAUGGUUAGUAGUUUUCUCUCUCAAAUUAUAUAUGAUAGUUCUACUUUGAUCGACAGUACGUUGGAAUUUAAAUCUAUUUUGUUUCUAUUUGGUCGUAUGGGAGCUAAGAGUAAUGAUUUUUUCUCAUUCUUGGCCCGAAGACAAAUAUUGUUGAUGGCGAUGGAACUGAGAUCUCUAUCUUAUUGGUGUAAUCGUGGCGUCUUUUUUCUUUAUUUUUGAUUUUGUAAUCGACACGAAUUACAUACCAUGAUGCAUCUCUACCUUUACAAUAUUAUAUUUCAAUAUUAUCCAAUUAUUAGUAUAAUACAAUGCAAAUAGGUAGAUUUCAACUUCAAUAUGUUUAGUAACAACAAAUAAUUGAGCAUGAGAAUUUUCUUUCUCAUAUGUAGUGUUUUUUUGUACUCCGUUAAGAUAUGCAGAUUAAUAAAUGAGCG